UGUUCUCUGUCUUCUGGUUCUCUUGGGCUGACUGCCAUCUGUGUUUUUCGGCUGUGAGCUCUUCUUCGGGGAGCUGGAAGACGCUUGCCACCAGCCAUGUGUCUCUGCUGCAGCUGGAGGGACAUAUGCAAAUAUGAGACUGCCAAGGUCAUCCGCGUUCAAAGCAUGACCUAUGGGACUAUAAGAUGGACCCUCUGUAUGAUAGUCUUCCUCUAUGUUUGCUUGGCCUUGGUGAGUGACAAGCUGUAUCAGCGGAAAGAACCCCUCAUCAGCUCAGUGCAAACCAAAGUGAAAGGCGUAGCAGAGGUGAAGGAUGCGAACGCCAAGACAAGAGUGUUGGACACAGCUGAUUACACGUUUCCUUUGCAGGUAAACUCAUUCUUUGUGAUGACUAACUUCAUAGCCACGGAAGGCCAGACACAAGGACUCUGUCCUGAGUACCCCACCCGUAGGACUCUCUGUUCCAAUGACUGGGGGUGUCAAAAAGGGAAGAAGGACCCGCUGAGUAAAGGGAUUCAGACAGGAAAGUGUGUGCAGUACAACGCAACCAAAAAGACCUGCGAAGUCUCUGCCUGGUGUCCCGUAGAACUAGAAAGAGAUCCUCCUCGGCCAGCUCUUCUAAUUAGUGCCGAAAACUUCACUGUGCUCAUUAAAAACAACAUUGAUUUCCCAGGCCACAACUACACCACAAGAAACAUUUUACCAGGUGUCAAUAUUACUUGUACGUUUCAUAAGACUCGGAAUCCACAGUGUCCAAUCUUCCGGCUGGGAGAUAUCUUCCGAGAAGUAGGAGAAAAUUUUUCUGAUGUGGCUGUACUGGGUGGAAUUAUGGGCAUUGAGAUCUACUGGGACUGCAACUUAGACCGAUGGUUCCAUUCCUGCCGUCCAAAGUAUAGUUUCCGUCGUCUUGAUGACAGGACCACCAUUGAGUCCUUAUAUCCUGGCAAUAACUUCAGAUUUGCCAGAUAUUAUAUGGAAGGAAAUAUAGAAAAACGAAAUCUGAUCAAAGCUUUUGGAAUCCGGUUUGACAUUCUGGUCUUCGGCACAGGAGGAAAAUUUGACUUCAUCCAAAUGGUCGUAUACAUCGGCUCAACUCUCUCCUAUUUUGGGUUGGCCACAGUGUUCAUCGAUUUUCUCAUUGAUUCAUACUCAAGUACCUGUUGCCGAUCUCGUGUUUAUCGCUGCUGUCCGGUCUGUGAGCCCUGUGGGGUCAAUGAGUACUACUAUAGGAAGAAGUGUGAGACCAUUGAGGAGCCCAAACCGACUUUAAAGUAUGUGUCCUUUGUGGAUGAACCCCACAUUCGAAUGGUGGACCAGCAGUUGUUGGGGAAAAGUCUGCAAGAAAUGGAAGGUGAAGAGGUUCCAAGACCCCGAAGGGAUUUCACAGACUCGGCCAAGCUAUCCCCACCACCUGACUCCAGCCCCAGCCCUGCAGCCCCAGAAGAAAUGCAGCUUCUUAAAGAAAAGCCAAGGCUUCCAUCCCCAGAGAGGCCCAAGUGGUGCUGCUGUGGACAGUGCCGCCCUUCCCAACUCCCAGAAAGUAGCAAGUUCAUAGAGCAGCUCUGCUGCCGCAGGAAGGAGGGUCCCUGCAUCACCACCUCAGCUGUAUUUGAGGAGCUGGUCCUCUCCAGGGCCACCCUGCGCUUCAGCUUGCUCUACCAAGAGCCCUUGCUGGAGAUGGAUGCAGACGCCUUGAAUGACCGGCUCCGUCACUGUGCCUACAGGCGCUACAUCGACUGGCGCUUUGGCUCCGAGGACAUGGCCGGCUUUGCUAUCCUACCCAGCUGUUGCCGGUGGAAGAUCCGGGAGCAAUUUCCCAAGCAGGAUGGAAAGUACACUGGCUUCAAGAACCCUUCCCCAUACACAUGUUUGGAUUAACAGAGCCACUAAAAUCGGUUCCUUUCAUCUUUAACCUUCUUGAGCUGCUGGGAGAAAGAUCUGAGAGGUCCACCUUGGAGUACGGAAACCCCCUUUCUUGCCUUGAAACUCUGCAGGUAUAGGGAGGGAGCAGCCUGACCUAGGAGAAAGAACUCUGGUUGAAAGCCUGAGCUCCCUCUAGGAAAGUAACUCCCCACCGGUAAGGCACUUAGCCUUAGUGCCUCAGUUUCUUCAUCUGGAAAAUUAUAACAAAAACCUGCCCUGUCAAUCCAAAGAGACCUUUUGAGGAUAAAAUAAGAAUCUAUAAAUGAAAA